CCUAGCCUACAUUGCACAGAGGGGCCUUCCAUUGUCGCGUUGAACCAGACUAUAACUUGAUUGGGUGGGAUGUAUUUUUUGGAUUAGUCCCAGGUUACUAUUAUCCAAUUGUUGCAAUAUUGACAAAGAAAAACGCAUUGUGUUAUUGCAUGCACGAUUGUAACGUAGUAGUAUCAUAAUAAUGUCACAGUAAGGCUUAUGAUAGGCCUAUUUUUUUCCACCAUUUUUUCGGGGGGGGGGGGUUCUAUUUAACUUUGUGCAACCUAUACCGUAUGCGGACCUAUUUUGUUAAGGAAGGCGGACCGACAGCACUGAGUUUUCGGACAGUAGACUAGUGAUGAGGACUGACCAGCCAGCAGCGAGUAGCAAGUAUUCUAAUUAGCAGAUCGCACGCAGCUUUGAAGAUGGCACACGAGCGCCGCAAGCGCGGGAUAGCCAGCAUAUCCACAAACUGAAGUCUGAAACAUGCCGGAGUAUUUUGGAUAAAUUCUGCAGAGGUCCUGUGUCUGUUUGUGCUAGCAAACCGGUGGACACAGAUGCAAGGGCGAGGCUACAAGAAUAAAGAAGCGUCAAGGGACGGCUAUUUUGGACUUUCUAUGCAGUCACGCUCCCCCAAUCCAUACAACGUAAUUUAAAAUUAUGUCCUUUAUAGAUUUAAAUGAUGACCAGAGAUGGGUGCCUACACAUGUGAAUGUAACUGUCCUUCGUGCAAGGGGUUUACGGACAAAGGGCAAGCACGGAGGUAGCCGUUAUGUUUACACAAUCAUUCAGGUGGGGAAGGAGAAAUACACCACCGGUUUGGUCGAGAAGGCGACUGUGCCAGAGUGGAAUGAGGAAUGCUGUUUUGAACUUCUACCCGGAAUACUGGAGGAUGGGGGUCGCAGUGUUUUUCCCUCAGGGAGCGGUGACUUGGUCCUCACCAUUAUGCACCGGGUGCUUAUCGGACUUGACGUGUUUCUUGGUCAAGCAAUCCUCCCUUUGGAUAAAAUAUUUCAAGAUGGAAUGUGCCCUAGAGAUGAAUGGCUCAAACUCAACUCCAAGGCCGGCCGGAAGGAGAAGGAGCGCGGCGAGAUGCAGGUGACGGUCCAGUUCACCCGCAACAACCUGACAGCCAGCAUGUUCGACCUAACCAUGAAGGACAAGCCACGGUCUGCCUUCGGCAAACUUAAGGACCGCGUUACGGGGAGGAAGAUCGGCGACAUGGAGUCCUCAUCAGCCAUCGUGCCGGGACGCUUCGCCGCCCUGUCGGGUUCCCUAGGAAAGCCAUUCCGAGAAGGGGACCGAGGGGAAGGGGGAGAGGACCCCGUGGAGGUAGCCGAGGAGAAGCGGAGCAAGGUGAAGGAUUUCUUCAAGGGGAAGGGAAAGCUGCAGAGUUCGUCCGACACAAGGUCGUGCUCGUCGCUGGCCUCGGAGAGCAGCGUGUUGUCCUUGACCAGUGAGAGGCCCUGCCCCCCUCCUCUGGGCCUAGGCAUCGUGGUGGAUCCUUCCAGUCCCCCCAGCUCUCCCAUCUACAGCAACAAGGUCAAAGUUGACACCCACCACAGAGACACAGACCUAGCUAAAAAAGUGCUCAACACCACACAGUCUUCCCCAAAGAUACUGACUCACAAUCGAGUCCUCAGCGACGAGGCAAGUAGGAUCACCACUACUGCCGUUCUCCAGCCCUGUCCUGCAGUGGAAUCCCUCAAGGGUCAGGGUAUGACUUUCUCCCAAUCCUCUCUGUGCAUCAACGGAAGCCACAUCGACGGAUCCGAACCGGUGGGUCCCAAGGGCUCAGGCACCCUCCCAUCCAAGCUGGUCCUCCUUGAGAAGUGCUCCCCCCUCUCUCGUUCGCUGCAGAACCUCACAAAGCGGAGCGAGGACAAUGGUUCAGCCGGUGAGGGACGGCGCUGGUCCUUCGACAAGGUGAAUAAGGAAGAGAAGUACGUGGAGAAGGAGGCCGAACCGCAUGUCUCCCAGGUUCAAAGCGCACGGGUGGGGGGUCAUUCUGUGCUGGCAGCUGCCUCAAUGCUGUCUUCCACCACCACGGUGGACUCAGCAGACAAAAGGAAAAAGCUCAGAAAGUCGUUAUUCUCCGGAGGGAGGAGUGAUUCUCUACCUGCCAAGUUGGCGCCAAGCCAGGGUUGUCCUCUCACCGAGGGGAGACUGCAAGGCUGGUUUGGCUCCAGUGACUCCCAGAACAAGCCAAGGCUGGAAGUUUCUUCUAAGGUAGAAAGCGACUCAGACACCCCUCCCCUCCCCCCUUGCUCCCCCAUUCCCACCCAGUGCUCUUCUUCUUCCACUGGCCGUGCCUCACCCGACAGUGGCCAUCCCACUAACCCCUUCACCCCCUCUCUGACACCCAACCCUAUCUCUCCCUCCAACCCCUUCCUCCCGUGUUUGCAGUGUAACCCCUUUUUUGAGGACCUCAAAACCGAAGAGGCCCGGAGGUCCCCCCCUCGCGCUGCCUGCUCCCCCUGUCAUUCCACAGCUUUGCCUUGUAUCCCUAGUACCGCCCACGAUGUCGCAGUGCAAAAGAAAAUGGCCGCCAUACGGCGAGAGCGGCCCGGGCCUGUAGCCAGGCAGACAUCCCUUCCUGCAUUACUCCCGAGAGCGGUGACUGCCAGCCCCCCGAAUCCGUUGACCUCUCGCUCCAUAUCAGAGAGCGGGGGAAGAGAAUGCGAUGAGUCCUUUGACGCCUUUGCGUCUAGCAGGCUGAAUUCGCCAAAGGGCUCUCCUACCAAUCACCCUUCAAAUGCAACCUUGUGGCAAGCUCAAGUAAGAAGCACUCCUCCACAUAAGGGUAACACUAUUUCACCCAUUGAGGAGAUGCGGAUGAGUGAAGAAGAAGCAGAGCCUCCACCGUUGCCUCCACGGAGGCCCAUAACAAGACCUUUGGUAAACAAGAGAUCUUCUGACAGCUGGUUGCACAGGGGUCAGGAGCUGGCUGUGCAGAAAGAGGCCUGUCUCCUGUCACAAACGGUCGCAGCUUCCCUGCAGCACACAAGAGAAGGCGGGCAGAAGAGAUGCACACCAAGUCCCCACCUGUACCCAAGCUUAGGCAAAGACCUUCUCGUCAGCAGUGACAUGUCGGACUUUCAUACCGAACACUCACAGCAUUAUGCCAAUAUUUCUCCAGAGUCUCCAUCUCCAUUCAAGUCUGAAGAUGACUUCAAGAAGUUUGACUAUGAACCAUUGCGAGAUGAAGAUGAUAGCUGUAAAUUUAUGUUUACUGAGCAGGACUUAUGGCCAGGUGCAACAGAAAACCAUCUAGACCUGAAUGUAAAGGAUUCGAUAAUAUUGUUAGCCUCAGAGGAUACGACGGACACCAGUCCCACUGUUAGAGAAGACGGCAUUGUAAAGAAUACUUCACAUUCGGAAAUCAAAGCCUUAUCUCUACCAGUAAUGCUUCUUGAUAGUGAAAUGACUGUUGCCGACCUACUGUAUAUGUCUUCCCCAAAACACUCUAAAUCCGGUCUUAAGACGCUUGACAUUGCGUUAAUUACACCAGACCCAACAAUGGAAUUAUUCUCAAUUCACCCAGAUAAGCCUACCAAGUCCAGAAACAUCCAUUAUGAAUCGCCUCCACUAACCUUGGAAGAUCUAAAUAAAAAUCUAAGUAACUCUGAUUUUAGUUUUAUUGACUCUGCUUCUGAUGCUUCCCCAUCUCCAUCUGAAAUGAUUACAGUGCAUACCCUCAAAAGUUUAGGUGGCAUUUUUCCUCAACCUCCACAAGUUACUCACAUAGUCUCUUCUGCUCAUGAUAUACGGCUAUCUGCAGAGGAUAUGUUAACUUUUCAGAAGCCUAGUACUAUAGACGUCAACUCUGCCCUAAAAGCGAAUUUACCAGAAGCCUCGCUUUGUCAAGACAAUUGGCAAGAUGGAGGUUGUGAAUUGACGCCUGACAGUGUUAACAUUGAGUCUGAAGACAUCACUAGAGACACUGAAGAUAUAAAACACACACAGUCUCCACUGAAUAGCAAAGGCAACAUUUCUAAAUCAAAGAUAGACAGUUCAAUAGUCGACCCUUCAUGUCACAUUAGAACUUCUCCAGUUUCUCCACAGAUUGGAAUGCAACAGGAAGUUGUACGAACCAAGCCUGUCAAUGAGUCUUCACCAAGGGGUGCUAGUUCACACAGAAGUCUCAAGGAAAUGAUACGAGAGCUCUACGGCAACGGUGGUGCAAAUAGCCCUGGCAAAGGAUUGCGUGAGAGCCCUCUUCACCAAUCACUGUCUCCUGGGCAUGUACUCUCAGAGAGCAUUGAAGUACCCUUCUCAUAUCAACCCACCAAAUCAAUUUUUUCCUCACCUUUGUCACCAGAUAGAGAGACAACGUUCAAGGCAGAUAAAUUAUUUGUUUCCUUGCAAAAAACAAACACGAAUAGUUCCACUCAGUCAAUUACAAAAGAAAACUGCUUAACGGAACGUUCCCCAUCCAAACAUGCCGGGACCAUCAGCUUCAAAGACCUCCACGCCAAAGUAGCCCCGAACAUCAGAAGCCCCAUGAGUGCCAGGUUAAGGCCUGGUGUCUCUCUGCAUGCUUCCAGUCCCUCCUCUGUGGCCCCCUCCCUGGUGACUGAAACUAAUGCCCAGGCUAAGCUACUCCCCACCCCCGGCCCCUCCUCCAUACAUCACCCCCCAACCUUGAGACCCAGUACCGGAGACAAUGCCACCUUGGCUAUGGCCCCCUGCACCUCUUCCUCCUUCUCCUCCUCCUCCUUUACCUCCUCCACCACUGUCCAGCCCCUGGUCGAUGCACGGCAGACACUUUUACCUGAGGAGACCCAGCCAGCUAGCAGCCUGCCCCGACAGGAGAGCAGACCCCACCCAGUGAAGCCCUUGACCACCACAGCCAGUCAGGGGGAGAAGAAAGAGGGCCGGUCAGUUCUAGAGAAGCUCAAGUCUUCCAUCCACCCAGGCCUCGCCGCCAAGCAGACACUGGCUGAGGCUGAGACUGAGAUUGAGGAAUCGUUAACGGACAGGUCUGCCCAGUACGAGCAGCUGACCAAAAUGGAGCUGAUCUCCCUUCUACUGCAGCAGCAGAUGGAUAUGGAGGACCAGCAGGCGGCCUCAGAACAGCAGGCGGUGCUGCUUAAGAAACACGAGGCGGAGAUGAAGAAGAUCAAGGCACAGGUGCGCGACCUGGAGGACUACAUCGACAGGCUGCUGGUGCAGAUCAUGGAGCAGACACCCACACUCCUUCAAGUGCGCUCCCGACACAAGUGACCGCUAGUGCUAGUAUAGUAUAGGGCCAUGGUCACCAUCAAACCCUAGUCCCAGAGAGCUACAAGGAGGAGCAGACUCUUGUUCCAGCUCAGACCAUGAUUAGGUCUUGGUGGUUAGUUGUUUAGCUGAACCAGGAGUUAUAGUGCAGGGCUGAAACAAAAGCCUACACAUCCAAGUAGUUCUUCCGGACCAGGGUUGGUGAUCACUUCUCCAGGGGCAGGUGUAAUUCAACACAUCCCUAAGCAAAAAGUAAAUCUCACAACCAUCCAGGUUUCACUGCUGAUACCCUGCCUCGUUGAUUAAAGACACAAUAUUGCCCACUGUGCAUGCUUGCUAUAGCUCAAAUGUCAGGCUGCAAGUACUAAUCAGAAACUGUAGUCAUAGCAAAUGUUACUGGUCACUUUACACUUGCUACUUAGUAUAAGGAAAGUGGCACAGCUUUUGUCAAAUGUACUGCAUUAGAAUUAUUAUACAUGUGCAUUGAUGAAGAAUACAGAAAAUGUCAUAUUCAGUGGUAUAAAUUGUUCUUACUUGAUAUGACAUUGCCUCAAAUUCAGAAAAACAUGUAAGUGUCUGAAUUAGUUUGAUAUGGACCCAAAUUAUCUUCAUCAUGGUAAAUACUGUAAUUAUUUGCCAUAAGACACUGACUCAAAAACAGACCGACUCGAGAAUUCCACUGAAUUUCAAUUUGUUUACAUGGAGAAAGGUGAACUUGAGCUAGUGUCAUAUUUAGUAAAUAAUUAUAUAUCUUUUUUUACUAUUCAUGGAUGAAGUGUGUGCAAAGAAUAAAGUGAUAAAUGUUCAUGUGGUAAGAUAGGUAUUACAAUGAAUUCAAAAAGGCAUUUAUUUUUGCUAUUUAAGUUAUAUUUUCACGUUUUGUUUUUCAUUUGCAAAACGAAUGUAUAUAAUUAUGUAUAUUGGUUUGUUUGUAUAAUUUUUGUAUGACAUUGCCUGUAUUAUUUAGUAUAGUACUUUAACUCCCACACAACUAGAAAUCCACUUUUUCGAGCUGAAAGACAAUGGCCAGGGCUUACGCAUGACGUUGCACAACGAUGUAGGUCAAUAAGCAAUCAUUUUAAUCAAAGGAUGAUAUAUUUGGGCUUGAAGUGACAAAACCGACCUGCCCCCUUCGUGCAAAUUCGUGCCAAUUAAUUAUUAUUUUUACAAUUCUUCAAGCUCUGUCAAGUUGGUUGUUUAUCAUUGCUAGACAGACAUUUUCAACUCUUGCCAUAGAUUUCAAGCUAAUUUAAGUCAAAACUGUAAUAAGGCCACACAGGAACAUUCAAUGUUGUCUUGGUAAGCAAAUGCAGUGUACAUUGGUCCUUGUGUUUUAGGUUAUUGUCCUGCUGCAAGGCAAAUUUGUCUCCCAGUCUCUGUUGGAAAGCAGACGGAACCAGGUUUUCUUCUAGGAUUUUGCCUGUGCUUAGCUCUAUUCCAUUUAUUUUUAUCCUAAAAACUCCCUAGUAUUUGCCGAUGAGAAGCAUACCCAUAACAUGAUGCAGCCACCACCAUGCUUGACAAUAUGAAGAGUGGUACUCAGUCAUGUGUUGGAUUUGCCCCAAAAAUAAUGCUUUGUAUUCAGGACAAAGUUAAUUUCUUUGCCACAUGUUUUUGCAGUUUUACUUUAUUGCCUUAUUGCAAACAGGAUGCAUGUUUUUGAAUAUUUCUAUAAUGUACAGGCUUCCUUCUUUUCACUCUGUCAAUUAGGUUAGCAUUGUGGAGUAACUACAAUGUUGUUGAUCCAUCCUCAGUUUUCUCCUAUCACAGCCAUUAAACUCUUAACUGUUUAAAAGUCA